CACUGAUGUUUCGUUUUUGUAUUGAUGAACUGUAUUUGAGUGUUUCAGUCAGUCAGUAUGGGUAAGUUAGCAGUUCUCUCGUUAGCUGUUGUUGCUCUGGCAGUUUUCAUCGGAGAAAGGCUCGUCACACUGAGACACGUAGCGCUUUCCUACAGAGAACUAACCCAGAAUUACCUUCCCAACUGUCACCUAAUAAAAGGCAUUGAAUGUGGUUCUGAAGAUAUCACCAUAAUUGACGAUGGACUAGCUUUUCUGAGUACGGGUGUGAAGGCUCCAGGUUUACCAUUCUGUUCAGAUGACCCUGGAAAGAUCUACACACUAAAUCUGUUGGAUUCUGAACCUAAAAUCAAAGCACUGAGCAUCAAAGGAGACUUUGACCAAGACACUUUUAAUCCCCAUGGAAUCAGUGUGUACACAGACGACAAAGAUGGUACCAUGUACUUAUUUGUUAUUAAUCAUCCUCGAGGCAACAGUCAAGUGGAGAUUUUUGAAUUUGUUAAGGAUGAACAUGCUCUUAAAUACAUCAAGACCAUCGAGCAUGAGCUGCUGCACAGUGUGAAUGAUAUAGUGGCCGUGGGGACUGAAAGCUUUUAUGCCACCAAUGAUCAUUACUUCUCUAAUGAGAUUCUGAAGAUUGUGGAGAAUUUCUUCACUUUGCCGUGGUGUGACGUCAUCUAUUACAGUCCUGAGACUGUGCAGGUUGUGGCAGAUGGAUUCUUACUUGCCAACGGCAUAAACCUCUCCCUUGAUAAAAGGUAUUUGUAUGUGUCAGAUGUUCUGAAGCACACAGUUACUGUGCUGGAAAUAAAGAAAAACACUGUGCUGUCUCGUGUCAAGGAGAUUAAUGUGGGCUCACUCGCUGACAACAUAGAGCUAGACCGUGAGUCUGGAGAUCUGUGGAUUGGUUGCCACCCAAAUGGUUUCAAGUUCAUGCUUGGUGAUCCAAAUGAUCCACCUGGUUCUGAGGUAAUCAAGAUUGAGAACAUCCACUCUGAAAAGCCUCUGGUGACUCAGGUGUAUUCAGAUAAUGGCAGUGUGAUCAUUGGUUCAUCAGUGGCAGCUCCAUAUAGAGGAAAAGUGCUCAUUGGAACAGUUUAUCACAAAGUUCUCCUCUGUGAUCGUAAAUAGUAGUGGUGUAACGGAUCACAAAUCUCACAGUUCGGAUCACACUGCGGUUUUUGAGUCACUGAUCAGACCAUUAUGUCGGAUGAGCAAAAAAGGGAGAAGACGAAUGUCAUUUGCUUUCCAUUUAUACAGAAAAUAAAACUGCCGUGGUUUCAACAAACAAAACGUAGAACAUGUCAUUUUAAUAAAAAUAAAAAUAGAAUUUAUAUCGAAUUUUUACUUUAUAGAAAUAAAGAACCACCCCCUAGUAAACAGUAAUAAAACUCCCUAGGAUAGAUAAUUAUAAAGAUUUAAUUUGGAUUGUGUGUAGUUUUAUACACUUUUUUUGUGACAAACAAAUUAAAGAUGUCAUGCUACUUGUAUUUUUGUGUUAGAUCUGAAAUAUCAGCUUGUGCUAAAUCAUUCAUGGUAUUCUUAGUAAAUGUUUAUUUGGAACAGGCACAAUGUUUUGUGCCUGGAAUCAAUGUUUCUCAACUAUCAUAAGUACAAGGAUCUAUCUGGGUAGAUGAAGUACAGUUGAAUGUUUCCAAAAUGUCCGGAAUGGCUCUUCAAUGGCACUAGCAUUCUUAAGACCAAGGGAGUCUAUCCAAACCAUGUCAAUAUGAAUGAUAUUAGAGUUGGGUUGAUUCAGCAAUUGGAAGUGUCAUAAUCAUGUUUUUGAUGAUAAAGAAUGUUAGUAUGCCAAAGACCUUUUUAUCUUAAAGAACAAAAUAGUCUGUGAUCAAAUUAUCUUCCACUAAGCCAUUACAAUAUUCUUAUCUUAAAAAGCUGUUUGGCUGGCUUAACUUCUGCAAAAUACUACUAGCAGGCCUGUAGCGGUUCAGAAGACCCACCCCUCACUGACAAAAAUCCAGAAUUUGUACCGCUCAUGCUCAUUUGUCCUAUUUUGACUGCCAACAUUCAGUCAUUAAUUUAUUUUUUUUUGGCUUAGUCCCUCUAUUAAUCUGGGAUCGCCACAGCGGAAUUAACCACCAACAUUUCCAGCAUAUGUUUUACACAGCGGAUGCCCUUCCAGCUCAUAUGUUUGUUUCACUGAGAAACAUCUACACACUCAUUCACACACAUACACUACAGACAAUUUAGCCUACCCAAUUCACCUAUACCACAUGUUUUUGGACUUGUGGGUGAAACCAGAGCACCCGGAGGAAACACGAAAACUCCACACAGACACGCCAACUAACCCAGCCGAGGCUCAAACCAAUGACCUUCUUUCUGUGAGGCGAACGUGCUACCCACUGCACCACCAUGCAGCCCUGCUAUGCCAACAUAAAUAGUAAAAAUAACCCAUCGAAAAGGCUUUAAGAUCAAGCGGAAUCCUGGAGUGACUUUAGUUAAUCAGUUUUGGUCGAUGCAAACAAUUAUUUUUCAAGAGUCCAACAUCCAGCUGUGCAAGAAAACAUCUGACACAUAAGAGAUAUCAUGUUUUGCUAAUGUAUUGUUUUUAAAAAGAGAAAACAUUUGACAAGAAACUUUUAGGCGAGGCAGUGGCGCAGUAGGUAGUGCUGUCGCCUCACAGCAAGAAGGUCGCUGGUUCAAACCUUGGCUCAGUUGGCGUUUCUGUGUGGAGUUUGCAUGUUCUCCCUGCCUUCAUGUGGGUUUCCUUCGGGUGCUCCGGUUUCCCCCACAGUCCAAAGACAUGCAGUGCAGGUGAAUUGGGUAGACUAAAUUGUCCGUAUUGUAUGAGUGUGUGUGUGGAUGUUUCCCAGAGAUGGGUUGCAGCUGGAAGGGCAUCCGCUGCGUAAAAACUUGCUGGAUAAGUUGGUAGUUCAUUCCGCUGUGGCGAUCCCGGAUUAAUAAAGGGACUAAGCCAACAAGAAAAUGAAUGAAUGAAGAAACUUUUUUCUAAAUCUUGGACCUUAUUCUUAACAGAAAACAUGACAAAAAAAAGUGUGAAGCACCAAAAGUGACCCAUAUUAAAAUAAAUUUGAAUACUUAUUUGGCAAUUGUUGUUAUCUAAGAAUUUUCAAAUGUAUUUUUUUUUUACAAUAGUGUUUACAAAAAUUGUGAUGCUCUAAAUUAUUAUUAUUAUUACGUUUUAAUUUUUUUAUUAUUCAAAUUACAAUAAACUACAGUUUUUAAUUUAAAACUGUUUUUUUAUGAAAUACGAUGUAAUAAAUUUGUGUUCUAAAAAUAAAUAUUUGCUAUAUUUCUUUAAUCUAAAUAUUUAGUAAACAUUUUUGGUGCAUCAAAAAGUGUGGUUAUCACAACCAUCCGACAAGCUACUUGAGCUAAAAAAAAAAUUGUGCUUAAAAUGUCACCUAAAUUCAGUAUUAAAAUCUCACAAUUAAAUAGAAAAUGAGGUGAAUAACUGCAAAAAGGUCCACUUCUUGAGAAAAAUAAACCACCUCUUUCACCAGGUUGGCUAUGGGCAUGACUAGCCCAACAUUGCCUGUCUCCACAUACUUUGGGCAUGUACAAGUGGUUGGUACAACUUCAGGACAAUAUAAUGUUGUAAUUAUCCACAGUUCGAGUGAACUUGGUACAAAUGAGUACAUUAAAGAUCUGGACAUCAGCUGCUGACAAAAUCUCCAUGUUUAUUGCACAAAACAAUGAUCAGGAUCCAGAAUGAUUGCCUUAUUUUGUAUAAUUGAUACUUGAUACUGUACUUUGUAUUUGUUUUUUGUUUCUGUUAACUUUUAUUCAUUAAAUACCCCAGUUUAAAGAGA